AUGGAAGCCAGUGCCACCGCCUGGGAAUUAGAUAGCGAUGAGAUCGCUUCUAUUGCCUCUGAAGACUUGCACGCCCACAGACCAAAUCGCUGGACGGGGCCCAAGUCGACAUGGCGCACGUUAACGGAAGAAGACCGUCUGCUAUGGCAAUCAAUGAAACAAAUCCAAGAUCAGAAUCUUGCAGUACAUUUAUAUGAUACCUUUGCUCUCAAGCGACAAGGUCAAAACGAGGCAACGGCUCAAGAUCUAGUUGUCAAGACAGAGUCUGGCCAAGAUGGUGUCUGGGCACCGCCCAAGUCAUGGACUGCAUGGCCACUCAAACACAAACAUGUACAUAAACAACGGCUAGUCGACGGACAGCAUGACGAAGAUGAUCGCUUUACCUUUCGCAGACAGGAAGAGAUCUUGCCAAGUACUGAGUUGGAAGAGGAGAUCUCGGCCACCAUACUGAGGACCGCCAAGCGCCGCUUUCGCAAGAAGAAGAGCAAGAUGGCCAAGCCAUCUAUUGAAGACUCUCAACCGCAUUCUAUUGAGAGUGGCGACAGCACGCCCAAUGUAUUAUCACGGGAGUCGUCAGCCAAACCAGACACAGAAGAAGAGAAUGGAAAGAUGGCGCUCGACGAUGACGAGGUCACUCCAACCCGCAAGCGGCAGAGUCCAAAGACAUAUGAGCCAGUAGAGUCUACCAACGACGAGGCAUCGUAUGCGCUUUUGCGGCCAUCAACCCGGCACAUUCUCUCAAAGCUCGAUGAUACACUCACUAUUCUUCAAAAUUCACGAGAAGCGGGCAUGAACUACGUAUCCGAAUCCUCAACUGAGGAAGAAUCAGACAACCAAAGCCAAAGCGGAAAGAAGAAAUCUCGUGGCCGCCCCAGAAAGAUUACACCAGAGGGAGCCUCAUCCGCAUCCACCUCACCAGCUCGCGGUGGGAAAACCAGUAGACGUGGGCGUCCCCGAAAAGUUCAUGUUCCCCGCGACGGAGAAACACAGGAGGAAAUGGCUGAACGUAUCGCCCGUGAAACUCACCGAAAGAUGCCUAUCACAACAGAAGACAGGGACGCAGCUUUUGAGGAAUGGAUCCGAAAAGGCGAUGAGGUUAUUGAGCGCGAGCGAUCUUUGUCUAUCAAGCGCGCGAGGUCUCAAGGUACUGACACAGGAGACGAGUCGGCAUCGAGCACAAACGUGGAGCGCAAGCGGGUUAGACUGGGUCUUCGUGACUGGAGCGAUGUACUCGGCGCAGCCGCCAUAGCAGGGUUCUCUGGCGAUGUCAUCGCGAGAACAGCAAGAAGAUGCGCUGAUUUGUUCGGAGAGGGUAUGGUAGUUCGGACAUUGAAUGAGGUGCCUGCUACAAAGAACAAGGGUACCACUUCUAUCGAGUACCGUCCGGAGCCUAUCCAGCUAUCCUACUCAGACUCGGACGCCGACGAUGAAAGCGACGAUGGCGCAGACCUCGCACAACGGCGUGUUGCAUCCCGUCAAGUCUCUCUCGCCCACUCCAGCCGCAGUCCUGAUUCUAUCCAUAGCGGUAGCCGUCGCUCAACACGAUCCCCAGGACCUCCAUCCGCGGCCCCGACCCGAUCCCGUUCUGGCUCCACAGGCGGCCUGGUGUUCUGCCCGAUCCCUUCAUGUGACCGGGCAGCAAACGGCUUCAAUCGCAAAUACAACUUGCGACGACAUAUGGAGCUUGUGCACCAGGGACAGACAGAGGAGCUAGAUAGUGACGAGGAGGUGGUCGGUGGUGUACAUGUCGAUGGCUUUCUGAAGCCCAUCGUGCCAGGGAGGGGAUGGAGAGGCGAAGAUACUAUGCAGAGACAGAGGAGGAAGAAGGAAUGGGGAGAAAGAUCUGGGACGAGUCGGGAAGCAAGUUACGCAGAACAGGAUUUCUCUUUUUAG